AUGGCUGCCAAGGUUCUCGACUACAGCACCGCCCUUGACGUGCUCAAGGAGUACAAGUCCAGAGAUGGACUCGACAUCCACGAGCUCAUGGACACAGCCAAGCAUGGUGGUCUCACCUACAAUGACUUCCUGCUGCUGCCUGGCUACAUUGGCUUCCCUGCCUCCGCCGUUGUGCUUGAUUCGCCCGUCACCAAGCGAAUCACCCUCAAGACUCCUUUCGUGUCCUCCCCCAUGGACACAGUUACUGAGCACGAGAUGGCCAUUCACAUGGCUCUCCAAGGCGGUCUCGGUGUGAUUCACCACAACUGCUCCCCCGAGGCUCAGGCCGACAUGGUCCGCAAGGUCAAGCGUUACGAGAACGGUUUCAUCGCAGACCCCGUCGUCAUCGACCGCAACACCACUGUCGGCGAGGCCAAACUGCUUAAGGAGAAGUGGGGUUUCGGUGGUUUCCCUGUCACAGAAUCCGGCAAGCUGGGCUCCAAGCUCCUUGGUAUUGUUACCAACCGUGAUAUCCAGUUCGAGGACGAUGCUAGCGUCCCCGUGUCCGAAGUCAUGGUGACCGAUCUCAUCACGGCCCAGGCUGGUGUCAACCUGCAGGAGGCAAACAAGAUCCUCGCCAAGUCCAAGAAGGGCAAGCUCCCCAUCGUUGACUCGGACGGCAACCUCGUUUCCAUGAUUUCCCGCUCCGACUUGAACAAGAACCAGGACUUCCCUUUCGCCUCCAAGCUUCCCGAUAGCAAGCAGCUCAUCUGCGCUGCUGCUAUUGGCACUCGCCCUGAGGAUAAGCUCCGUCUCAGGGGCCUGGUUGAAGCUGGUCUCGAUGUCGUCAUCCUUGACAGCUCCCAGGGUAACAGCAUGUACCAGAUCGAGAUGAUCAAGUGGUGCAAGGCCGAAUUCCCUGGCCUUGAUGUCAUCGGUGGAAACGUUGUCACUCGCGAGCAGGCUGCCGGCCUCAUCGCCGCCGGUGCUGAUGGUCUGCGAAUUGGAAUGGGCAGUGGCUCUGCUUGCAUUACCCAGGAAGUCAUGGCAGUUGGCCGUCCCCAGGCCGCCGCCGUCUACAGCGUCAGCUCUUUCGCUGCUCGCUUUGGCGUUCCUUGCAUCGCCGACGGUGGUGUCCAGAACGUUGGACACAUUGUCAAGGGUCUUGCCCUUGGCGCCUCCACCGUCAUGAUGGGUGGUCUCUUGGCUGGUACCACUGAGUCUCCCGGAACUUCCUUCGUGUCCCGUGAAGGAAAGCUGGUCAAGGCCUACCGUGGCAUGGGCAGCAUUGAUGCCAUGCAGGACAAGAAGGCCGGCGGUGGCGGCAAAGACAGCCAGAAGAGCAACGCUGGUACCGCCCGCUACUUCUCCGAGGGUGACAGCGUCCUCGUUGCUCAGGGUGUUUCCGGUGCCGUGGCCCACCGAGGAUCUAUCAACAAAUUCGUUCCUUACCUUGCCGCUGGUCUCAAGCACUCCAUGCAGGACUGCGGCAUGACCAGCCUGGCGGAGCUUCACCAGAGCGCUGAGGACGGCAUCCUUCGCUUCGAGAUCCGUACUGCCAGCGCCCAGCUGGAGGGCAACGUCAACAUGGAGUCUUACGAGAAGAAGCUUUACGCAUAA